AUGAAUAAGGUCUCAAAGCGGAGGUCAAAGAAGCCUCCAGGAACGCGAACUCGAACUUCCUCCCGCAUCCUGCAACACAUACUCGAACAACAACUGCAGACCAAUCCACUUCCUCGGGCUUUUCGAGUCACGAACCCAUUCUUCACUUCUCUCAGCGGCGCAGGUUCACCGCAGUUUGAAGCUUCCACAAACACAUCUCAUCAUACACAUCCUGUUCUUGCGAACAAGAGGAUUGUACAUCUGCGCGAGCAGGCAAUGUUGCAGAAGAUGAUGCCCGACACUUACCCUCUACAUGGUCAUCCACUCCACGGUUAUCCUCUCCACGGUCUCCAUGGCGAAACUCAAAGCAUACCACAACCGCGAAGCAGACCGCAGCCAUUCCAGAUCGAUGUCCCCUUGCAUCUCCGCACAGACCUUAUCAGCCUGCAAUUCCGACUGAUCAACUCCCUCCACCAUUCUGCUGCCAGUGCAGAGGCGCUCGACGACCUCGACCCUGCGGCCUGGACAGUCGAGCUCCGUUAUCCGUCGGGAUACAGUGAACGCUUCCGCCUUGAUCCCAAGUCCAAACUCACCAAACAUGCACGAGCCAGAACUCUGGAGCCUAUCGACGACGUUCUGCGCACGGUUGACAUGGUCUUGCAGCUCGCUGGUGCUACCGAUGAGCUGCGGCGACUUCUUCGUCUACGCCUGACAACUUCCUGGGAGAACAAGGCCCCUGGCAACUUCAAACCCGCACUGGCAACUGUCAACUCGCUUCUCGACGAAAAAGUCCAGAGCGGAAACAUUCAGCCUCAAGUCACAGGCCGUUUUGCGCCAGAGUUCCUCGACCAUUUCUUCGAUCAGCUCUACGACCGCGCCGCUUCGCCUCAUGUCCACGUUCUGAAGUCCGGAAAAGGCGAACAUGCAUACGGGGAACUACGGCCUGCCUUUCUUUCGAGAAUCUUCCGACUGCUCGGCCUGCGUGCAGACUCGAUCUACUUCGACAUGGGAUCCGGCAUUGGCAACACGGCCAUGCAAGCCGCUCUCGAAAUCGGCUGCGAAGCUCAAGGCAUGGAACUCGCGUCUCAGCCUCACCUCCUCGGCAACUGGCACCUGCAGCAAUUCAACGCGCGGUGUGCCCUCUGGGAUCUCCAACCCGGACGAGUCGAACUGCACUACGGCAAUUUCCUCCGGUCUGACUACGUCGCGGCUCUGCUCCCGGAUGUCGACGCCGUGCUGGUCAACAACGUCAAGUAUGCACCCGACACGGAUUUGGGCAUCUAUGAGUUGUUGGUCAAGAAGCUCAAAGUCGGCGCAAAGGUCUUCUCGAUGAGACCUCUGACUCCGAUGGCUCGGGGUGGCUUGGCGGGUGGUGGAUCGAAGGCCGUGACCGGGGAUGGAGUCUUCCAGGUGGAAGAAUUCCAGUAUGAGCAGGGAGCUGUGACUUGGACGGACAACGGGGGCAUCUUCCACAUCUCCACGAAACUGCGGGCUCGAGUGUAG